CCAGGAGCUCCGAACGCUCAGGCCCAGAUUGGGAUGGGAGAUAGAUUUUGAUAAAAGAGGUUAAAUAACAGGUUUUUCCAUUUCACCUUAUAGGAAUGGGAUGGGGGGCGGGGGUGCCGGGCCUCCAGCCAAUAGAGGACCAAGACUUGUCAGGAGGGCUUAUAAAGCUUGCUAUUUCUGGCAUUUUUUUCUCUUUCUGUGCUGAUUAUGCAGCAGAAUCGCACAGAGGCUGUCGCGGGCGCGUUCUCUCGCUGCCAGGGCUUCUGUGGAAUGAGACUCGGGCUCCUUCUACUUGCAAGACGCUGGUGCAUUGCAGGUGUGUUUCAGCAGAAGUUUGAUGGUGACAGUGCCUACGUGGGGAUGAGUGACGGGAACCCAGAGCUGCUAUCGACCAGCCAGACCUACAACAGCCAGAGUGAGAGCAACGAAGACUAUGAGAUCCCCCCGAUAACACCUCCCAACCUCCCUGAGCCAUCCCUCCUGCACCUGGGGGACCACGAAGCUGGCUACCACUCGCUGUGUCACAGCCUCACGCCCAACGGACUGCUCCCUGCCUACUCCUACCAGGCCAUGGACCUCCCAGCCAUCAUGGUGUCCAACAUGCUGGCCCAGGACAGCCACCUGCUGUCGGGCCAGCUGCCAACGAUCCAGGAGAUGGUGCACUCGGAGGUUGCCGCCUACGACUCGGGCCGGCCAGGGCCCCUGCUGGGCCGCCCAGCGAUGCUGGCCAGCCACAUGAGCGCCCUCAGCCAGUCCCAGCUCAUCUCUCAGAUGGGCAUCCGGAGUGGCAUCGCCCACAGCUCCCCGUCCCCCCCAGGGAGCAAGUCAGCCACGCCCUCCCCCUCCAGUUCAACUCAGGAGGAGGAAUCAGAAGCGCAUCUCAAGAUGUCAGGAGAGAAGAGACCUUCAACUGACCCAGGAAAAAAGACCAAGAACCCAAAGAAGAAGAAGAAGAAGGACCCCAACGAGCCACAGAAGCCUGUGUCAGCCUAUGCACUCUUCUUCAGAGACACUCAGGCUGCCAUCAAAGGCCAGAACCCCAGUGCCACCUUCGGGGAUGUGUCCAAAAUCGUGGCCUCCAUGUGGGACAGCUUGGGAGAGGAGCAGAAGCAGAGCUCUCCAGAGCAGGGUGAGACCAAGGGCACUCAGGCGAACCCGCCGGCCAAAAUGCUGCCACCCAAGCAGCCCAUGUAUGCCAUGCCGGGCCUGGCCUCCUUCCUGACGCCGUCGGACCUGCAGGCCUUCCGCAGCGGGGCCUCUCCGGCCAGCCUGGCCCGGACGCUGGGCUCCAAGUCCCUGCUCCCGGGCCUCAGCGCGUCCCCGCCGCCGCCACCCUCCUUCCCGCUCAGCCCCCCACUGCACCAGCAGCUGCCCCUGCCACCCCACGCCCAGGGCGCCCUCCUCAGUCCACCUGUCAGCAUGUCUCCAGGCCCCCAGGCUCCGGUCCUGCCCACUCCCAUGGCACUGCAGGUGCAACUGGCUAUGAGCCCCUCACCUCCAGGGCCUCAGGACUUUCCUCACAUCUCCGAGUUCCCCAGUGGUUCAGGACCCCGCUCACCUGGCCCGUCCAACCCACCGAGCAGCAGCGGGGACUGGGACAGCAGUUACCCCAGCGCGGAGUGUGGCGUCAGCACGUGCAGCCUGCUCCCCAGGGAUAAGUCGCUCUACCUCACCUAA